GUUCAGUGGAAUCAGUAUGUGGCCUUCCACAUAAAAAUAGGUCAUACUCUCUGAUCUCUUUCUCUAUAUAUUGAGUUACACUUGUAACCAUUCCCAUCUUGGGCGUGGGCUAAAACUAUUUUAGAUCAGGACCAAUUCCAACUUUUGCUUCUUCAUAUUUUUUCUUCUUCUUUGAUAUGUGUUGUGAGACUAAGUUAUGGUUGGUGGUGCUUUUAUUCUUGAGUACAACAUACAUGCAACAUUGUGUUCUUGGGGAGCCUCAAGUACCUUGUCUUUUCAUCUUGGGAGACUCUUUGUCUGAUAGUGGAAACAACAACAACCUAGCUACCGAUGCCAAGGUUAAUUACUUGCCUUAUGGGAUUGAUUUUCCUGCUGGCCCUACUGGAAGAUUUACUAAUGGCCGUACGUCAGCUGACAUAAUCACCCAACUUUUGGGUUUUGACAAUUUUAUCCCACCUCAUGCAAAUACCAGUGGUUCAAACAUACUUCUAGGUGUUAAUUAUGCAUCUGGUGCAGCAGGAAUUCGCAAAGAAACAGGAACACACUUGGGUAAGGACAUCAGCUUAGGAUUGCAGGUACAAAAUCACAAAGGCAUUGUUUCUCAAAUCGGCAAGAAACUUGGAAAUAAAGCGCAACAACACCUAAAUAAGUGCUUAUAUUAUGUGAAUAUAGGCAGCAACGAUUACCUAAACAAUUACUUUUUGCCAGAGCAUUACCCAUCAAACUCAAAGCUUUCUCCUGAUCGGUAUGCUGAGAUUCUUGUCCAAGAAUACUCAACACAUCUAAAGGCUUUGCACGAAUCUGGAGCAAGAAAGUUUGCUUUGAUUGGGUUGAACCUUCUAGGCUGUGUUCCACAUGAAAUUGUCAUUCAUGGGAAAAGUGGGUCAAUAUGUGUAGAUGAUGAGAACAAAGCAGCACUCAUUUUUAAUGACAAGCUUAAAGCACUGGUUGAUAGAUUUAAUAAUGAGUUUCCUGAUUCCAAAUUUAUCUUUAUUAACAGUGCUGUGAUCUCAGACCAAAGCAAAUCAAAUGACUGGUCAUUAGCAGAUAUUGUUGUAUGCUGCAGAGUGGGGUCGAACGGGCAGUGUAUCCCUAAGGAGGAACCAUGCCUGGACAGAAAUCUUCAUGCGUUUUUUGAUGAAUUUCAUCCUUCUGAGUUUAUCAACCAGCUCACUGCAAGAGGUGCUUAUAAUGCUCCAAUUCCAUCCUAUGCUUAUCCAAUGGACAUUAGUAAUCUUGUUAAGUUGUAGAGAAGAUGGAAUCUCAUAAUCUCUUUCCUCCAUGUUUAAUAACUGAUGUAUUCAUUCAAAAGUUUCAAAAUUGGAAACUUCUGAUAAUCUUAUUGGAGCAUAUUGCAAUCAAUUGAUCACUAGCUGUAAUUUAGUUUGCAAACACAUGUUGGUCAAUAACCUCUUUUUCCUCAUUCCCAUUUGCAUAGUUGUUAAUAAUAGUUAG